AUGAUUAAACAAACUAAAUCAAAUCAAAUAGGAGAGGAAGAAAUGCAAAUUAAAGAUCUUAUAAAAGGAUUUCAAAGUUGUACCACACCUUUCCAAAAAAUCCAACAUUGGAUGUCUAUAAGAGAAGCAUCAAAUUCAAUGCCCACUUCAGUACUACAAGUGACAUGUUCUGGAUUAUUAAAUUACAAAAGAUCAUUGAUUCUUGAUUUUGUAAUAGGAGAGAUUGAUGAUUUAUGUGAAGAGUUAGAGUUACUUACAAUGAGCUACAGAUAUGCAAUGAAGGAUAGGAUCCACUCUGGAAUUCAAUAUGAAAGUGUAAAAAAGUAUAAAAAUAUUUUCAACAAGGAGGAACAAAAGAAACUUGGUAAAUUUGGGAUUAUACUGGAGAAGAAUUGGUCUAAAUUUGAAGAAAAUCAGCUCUUUCAAUUCUGGGCUCACUACAUGGAUAUUCAUUUUGAAGUUUCAGGUCCAAUCAAAGCCUUUUUAGAAACACAAGUAAUCAUGACAAAUCUGAUAAAGACAUCAGUCAAAGUCUCAAAGGUAUUACAGACAGUAGAUGAAGUGUUUCCAAUCUUCCUGGAUUGGUGUAAUGUGUCUAUACUGACUCACAGAGAAAGUCUUGUGAAUGAUAUCAAACUUAUGAACGGAAGUGAGUUCUCCAAUCUAUUUUCCUUACAAAGUAGCCUAUAUUGUGGCUUCCAAAUAUAUGGCAGAUGGAAUUUGGAAGAGAAAAAGAAAAUCUUUGAAUUCUGGCUAAGUUACACAACACUUUAUCUACAAUUAUAUAAUUCAAGGCAGUCCAGAACUUGGUUCUGUAAUAUGGAGAAUUUGAUAGUAAGAGAUUUAGAUAAUUUGAAAUUGGUCCUUGAUGAUUUUGAAAAAGAAAAAGAAAUAUCAAAAAAGAUGAUGAACAAAUUACUUAAACUCUUUCAAGAGAAAAAAAGACAAUUGAUUUGA